UCGCCGCCUCGCUGGCUUCUUCUUGGUAGAAACCUCGCUGGAUUCUUCCUUAUCUCCCUAUCUUCCGGUGGCCGCCCUGCCUUCGGGCCUCCCGUGUGCCUUACUGCCGUCGCCGUCGUACCAUGCUGCCAUCUGCCUCCCUUCAUCGUCGUCUUCUUCUGCCCGCAGCACUUCUCCACCAGCGGCUUCCUAACUUCCUGGGGUAACAGGGUGGAAACUGGUUCUGAUCAAGCAAAUAAGUAUGUCCGGAAUCGAGCGCAUCAACCUGGUUUGGGUCUCCUAUUUGUUCCCAGAACUGACUUGCAUCGGGCAGAGCUAAUUCUUUGUCGAAUUGAAUUGACGUGGAAGGAUCUAUAAGUACAACACGGCUGAACUGGAGUUGCUGCCCUUCUGUCUCUAGUUUUGGAUCCAUUGAUUGGCAGGUCCAUCCGCCAUCCGUGUUAGCAGUUUUCCACUAUGGAAGAAGCUCCAUCUCCAGAUUGGUCAGGGCUGCCGGCGGAUAUACUGCACAGCAUACUGGAGUUGCUUGAGUGCCCGGACAACCUCCGAUUUGCCGCUGUCUGCACGGCGUGGCACAGGACGUCCUCCGAGGCAGUCUGCCGCAUCAGCCAGACCCCCUGUUUACUCUAUUGCACCAAGGCUGCCGGCCCAAGCGCUGUUGGCAUGUACAGCCUCUUGGAGCAAAGGGCGUACACAAUUUCCCUGCCAGACCCACCAAUAGCCGGGCGGUAUUUGAUUGGCUCGUCCCAUGGCUGGCUUAUCACUGCUGACGAGAAGUCUGAUUUAAUGCUGCUAAACCCCAUCACUGGUGAGCAGAUGAGACUCCCACCAGUAACUACUAUGCAUCAUAUCAAGCCUGUCAUGAACGGCGAUGGGGUCCUUGAAGGAUACGAGAUGUCCUACUAUCAUGGAAAAUUAUUUCCAAGGAUUGAAGAACCACCCUGUACUUACCAAUUGGAUGAAUACCGUGAAACAGUAUAUUUCAAAGCUGUCUUGUCGUCUGAUCCAUCUUCCGGUGACUGCACUGUUAUGCUAAUCCAUCAGCCAUACUGGCAGCUCUCGUUUGCCAAAGUUGGAGGAGAAACUUGGAAUUGGAUCGGAAUAGGGACCGAUUAUACUGAUGGCAUUCAUCAUGACGGAUGGUUCUAUGCUGUUAAUAUUGCGGGAACAAUUGACAGCUUCUACUUUAAUGGUACAUCUAUCAUUCAUAAGAGGAUUGCAUAUCAAAUGCUAACGCGGCCUACCAAGGUAGUCUACAUCGUUCAAGCCCCAUGGGGUGACAAGCUCCUAAUUAGUAGAAAAUCAAAAACUACUAAUCAUAACACGGAGGGUACGUUUGAAAUUAUGGUUUAUAAGUUUGAUCCUGACGGUAAGGAACUUAUCAAGAUGACAGGAAUAGGUGACCAUGUGUUGUUUAUUGGGCAUAAUGCUUCACUCUGCCUUCCAGUGAGUGAUCGUCCCCAGUUGAUGCCCAGUUGUGUCUAUUAUACUGAUCACGCUGUUGAAUCGUUAUUUGAAGCCAAAUCCAAUAAGCGUGACAUGGGAGUUUAUCAUUUGGAAAGUAAUAUUAUGACGAAUAUAGUGUCUCCUGAGCCUUGGAUGACGUGGUUACCUCCGUUGUGGUUGACUCCCAAUACUUCGAAAACAAGCCAUCACAGAACCCUGUGCUUGGAAUAAUGGAGGCAGGAAGGAUUUAUUUCACUCUGGUCAUCAGUAACCAUCUUAAGGCAUGUUGGGUUCAGCCUUUGGAUGAGAGUACUGCACUAGCUAACAAAUGCUAUGAGAAGGCACUGCCAUCACAAACUAUGUUGUCGUUUUGUGUCGCCUUGGGGUAAGUUGUAAAACUAUGACUGCUAGGCAGCGUGUGUUGUGACCGUUGGCCGUGGGGAUUUAUUAAUUUA